AUGUCAACACAGCGAAGGAACUCUUCGGAGUACUCCGAGAGCAAAUCCAACUCUAACUCCAAAUCGAAGUCAGAGAUCCAGGUAGACGAUUCGGAGAAGAAGGAAGCGCGCGGAAUUCUCUAUAAAGUUAUGUUCAGUAAUCCAGAAGCCAUUGUAGCCUUAAUCCCAGCACUUAUUUCAGGUGGCGCACCAAUCUGUUCUUUCCUUUUAUUCGGAAGAAUCCUCAACAAGCUUUCCGAAUAUGGUAUGUCUGUUUACAUGAAUAAGCAGGACCCAACCUAUCCAGUCGCAGAUGUUUUGCCAGACAUUUCAUUUUAUUGCAUUUGGGUCACAGUUAUUGCAGCAAUUGCAGGUAUUGCAAAGUUUUUCCAGACAUUUUGCUGGAUUAGACUCGGUGCAAGACUCUCAACAAGAAUUAGACGUGAUUUGUUCAAGAACAUGAUGAUGUCAGAAGUCACAUUCUUCGAUGUCACUCCAAUCGGUGGCAUUUUGACACUUUUAAGUGAAGAUGCACAAAUGGUUCAAGAUGCUUUCGGCACAAUUAAGGGCACACAGAUCGAAAACAUUGCCAAAUUUAUCACAGGUAUCGUUCUGGCUUUUGUUUAUUCUUGGAAAUUGGCUUUAGUAUCAUGUGCGGUCAUUCCAGUCUGUUCAAUCGCUAUUAUGAUCUUCAUGCCAUUCAUCAUCAAGAGAUCAACCCUCAGAUUUGCGGUUCUUGCAAAAUCAAUGACAAUUGCCGAAGAAACAUUAUCCUCCAUCCAUACAGUACGUGGAUUCAACCGUGAAGAUGACGAAAUCGAAAGGUUUAAGUCCACAUCCCUCAUUUCCACAAAGCAUGAACAAGUCAUCGGAUAUCUUGUCGUUGCGAUGUUCACAAUCGUCAUGACAAUUGUCUGGACAGAUGUUGUUGCCAACAUGUACUUCGGUGCUACACUUGUCGAGAAAUCCAUGAAAGGCGACAAAUCAUUUUUAAUCGGAGACAUGAUGUCAUGCUUUAUGUUCACAAUGAUGGGUACAAUGGGUAUCAUGAUGAUCCAAGGAUCAAUGUCCGGUGAACAAAAAGCUGUUGCUGCCGGUGCAAGAAUUCUCAAAUUAACUAAACAUACUCCAGCAAUUCCAUUCGAAGGCGGCCUUCAACCAGAAGAAUUCAAGGGACACAUUGAGUUCAAGAACGUCACAUUCCAAUAUCCAACACGCCCUGUCAACGUUCUCAACAAUGUUUCCUUCGAAGUUCCUCCAAACACUGUUGCUGCUUUAGUUGGCCACUCCGGAUCCGGAAAAUCAACAUGUGUCCAACUCAUCGAGAGAUACUACGACGUACAAGAUGGCAUUGUCAUGCUCGAUGGCCGUGAUAUCAAGGAAUACGAUCCAAGAUGGUUGCACAGGAAGAUUGGCUUGGUCAAUCAAGAACCAACAUUGUUCUCAACAACAAUCAAAGAGAACAUCAUCUACGGAAAGAAAGAUGCAACACAGGAAGAAAUCGAUAACGCAACAGAAAUUGCAAAUGCAAAGAAGUUCAUUGACAAGCUUGAGAAGAAAUAUGAAACUCUUGCAGGUGAAAAAGGCGCUAAAUUGUCAGGUGGUCAGAAACAAAGAGUUGCAAUUGCUCGCGCUGUCAUUAAGAAUCCAGCAAUUUUGUUGUGUGAUGAAGCUACAUCAGCUUUGGAUGCAGGUUCUGAGAAGAAGGUUCAAAUCGCUCUUGACAAGGUCAUGGAGAACAGAACAUCAGUCAUUGUCGCUCACAGAUUGUCAACAAUCAGAAAUGCAAAGAUCAUCUAUGUUUUCGAUGCAGGAAAGAUCGUUGAACAAGGAACACAUGACGAGUUGGUUGCUAAGAAAGGUGCUUACUACAACUUAGUUUCAAGACAAUUGGUCGAUCCAACUGCAGGAAACACAAACAAAGUUGAAGAUGCUGAUAAGUCUGACGGAAGCUCAUCAUCUCCAAAGGAUGAUCAUCCAAUCGAGUUACCAAAGGACGUUCCAAAUGAAGAGCCAAAGAAGCAAGAAGAACCAAAGAAACAAGAAGAAGAGCCAAAGAAGGAAGAAAAGAAAGAAACUCCUAAAGAUUCACCAAAGACAACUGAAGUAGAGCAGAUGAGAGAUGAAUCUUCUGGAUCAGGAUCUGGAUAUUCUUAUUCUUACUCUUCAAAGUCAUACUCUUACUCAAAGUCAAAAUCUAAGAAAUAA